UGUAGUUGAUCACAUCGACGACGCGCAUGGAGAACAGUAUGGGUGAUCAAAGGUUUUCAACAGGAACAGAGCGAGAAGGUGAGCCAGAGUUACAAGACGAUAGAAGCCUGUCUCUAACACAUGACUCAGAUGUUGAUUAUGGUUGCCAUUCAGCAGCACCCAGAUGGAAUUCACGCAGAAGAGACGAAAUCCCAUUAGGAUACGACUGGAUUGCUGGUUUGCUGGAUGGAAGCAUGUCUGUAGGAGCUGAAUCAGAGUCGUUUUAUGACGAACUGCGAAAGUUUAGAAGAGUGAACAGAGAGGAAUGCUCUAGAUUGUCACUACACCAGCCUCUCAACAGAGAAGCACGUCACAUCAAGGACAAGAAAGACACAUCAAGCAGAAUGGCAGAUGUCAACAUAGUCAGCAACACAGAAACCAGUCCUAAAUACUACAAAAUGAAUGAGAGACUAUUUCCUAUUCCAUAUGCACAUCAUCACAAUGAAGAUACUUGCCUCAGUUGUGACGAUGAUGAGAAAUCUCAGGAUAAACCAAACCACUAUAUUCGAGUUAGUGUACCAAGAUCUUUUCAGUCACCACUGAGAAGGCCACGACAGCAACCUACUUUCAGUCCAUCUGAGUCAGUUGACUUGUCCAAACACUGUUUACCAGGAUGGGAAGCAUCACACCCUUCAACUUGGCGAGUAUCUUCCCCCAUGAAUCUAACUGCUUCAGUACUAUCGGCUACGAAUGAGUUAAACGUGACAAAGAAUACUGAACAUAACAAUUUAAGCAGCAGACAACUUCUAGAUCAGUCAUUGUCAUUUAAAUUCAAUCAUCUCACAGGAAAGUUUUGAUCACAAAAUGUGGUGAUAUGUAUUACUUACAAAUUACAUACAGAUACAUUACUUUAAUAGUGUUAGAUAUACUGUACAAUAUAUG